AGUCUUUCCUUGGAUUUUAUAAUUUAUUUUAUAUUUUCAACUCGCAAUAAUCAGAAAAAAGUCAACUGAAUGCAUUAUAAAUUUUCAAUUCUAAUUUUUAAAAGCAAUUUUCAUCUCGCCUGAACUAAUUGCUAUCAAAAAUGUUACUUUACACACUCGCAAGCGUUCUUUUCGAACACGCACUUUAGGAGUAAAUAAGACAAUUCCAGUUUACUCCGUGCGUUUUUACUCCUUGCUCGGAGCAUGCGAAAAGAAAACAGCUCAGAACGAAGGAACAAACUUGAAAGUAGAACAAAGACAAAAUCUCUCUGUUCUUCCAAUGCUGUUCAGCAGUCAGCACUGCUCGCCGGAAGCCUCUGAAAGCCUCGUCUCCUCUGCGCUGGCCCGUUGACUUCUGCGAAAUUUAAUUAUUAUUUUAUUAACCAGCUCCAGCUGUUGUGUUAUCGUUUAUCGUUAUCGCUUGUCGUGAAUUUCAGUUUGUGUUCUCGUUCUCGCAUCGCAUCAUUCGUGAUUCGUGCUUAAUGUAAAAGUAUCUUGCCAAUUCGUUUUAAUUUCUAUAAGUUGCAGUUUGCAUUCGUUUGUUCCUGGUUUCUGAAUUCUGAUCGAACAAGAUACAUAACUUAUGUUUGUUCUAAAACAAUAUUAAAAAAGUAGAUAACCGUUUGAUAGGCUACUGUAUCAUUUUACGUUUACGAUAGAAUUUGUUUGUGGUCGAGGAAGAAUUUGACUUGAUUGUGUCCUUGGAUUCGUACCCUGGGCCCUGGAUGAUCGAUUGUUUUUUGUUUUCACAUUCUUCAACCUAACCAGUAACCAUGUCGAAUGUAGAAUGUUAUACCAAGCUGGAUUUGAAACAGUGUACUUUCAGUUGGAAGAUAGAUCUAUUUUCAAUUCUUUGCGAAGUAAAACAAAAUUUCAAAUCGUCGGUUUUUACUUCUGAAAACGAUGACUUCAGAUGGCGUUUAGAAGUAUCAUUCGAAUCUCGCAGCACCCCAUCUUCAGAAUCAUUCAACUACAUCGGUUCCCAACGACGAUGCGUUACCCAGAUAGACUAUGUUUGUUUCCUCUUACAUGCUGAUUCAGACGUCGAUCUUUCAAAGCACAGCCCCGUAAAAGGAAAUGGGGAAUUCAUCGUAACGAGUGCCAACGGUAGCAAAAUUGAUAGCAGAAAAUUCCAACUUAAGCUCGACGUUGAUAAACAAUAUAAAACGAUGAAGGAAUUCGAACUCGGAACUGUGAAGAACUUGGCAGUUGACGAUGUAUUAUCAAUUGUUUGCCACCUGAAGUAUGUAAAAAAAGACGACAUUUUUUCGAUUCCCACGUCUUCAUCAAUCACGAAGCCGUUUAAAAUUGCCGAACCUAGCCUUCCACGUCACCUCGAACAGAUUCUCAACGAUGGGCGUUUCAGUGAUGUGACCAUCUCAGUCAAUGGCAAAACCUACGAUCUUCAUAAAGCCAUUCUAGCUGCCCGGAGUCCGGUUUUCUCCGCAAUGUUUAGUAACUAUACUAUGCUAGAAAACCAAAAAAAUGAGGUAGAAAUUAAAGAUAUACAGCAAGAUAUCUUCGAAGAAAUGCUAUACUACAUUUAUACAGGAACGACGAGAAAUUUGGACGAGUUGGCUUUCGAGUUAAUUCCUGUAACCGAUAAAUACGAUCUUGAUGAAUUGAAGAAUAUGUGUGAACAGGUUAUGUUCAAUAAAUUGUCAUUGGAAAAUGCUGCCGAGAUUUUAAUGCUGGCAGACAUGCAUCGUGCUGAAGAAUUAAAGGCACAAACCCUUCAAUUUAUCAAACGAAGAAGUUUCAGUUUCAAGGAUUUCAAAAAUUCAGACGUUUGGAAUGUUUUGACUGCGUCUCGUCCCCAGUUGAUGAAAGAUAUGCUGGCUCUUUUCUUCGAGUAAAGAACGUACCUUACCUACUCGUGUGAGAGGUUUAAUUUUUAAAAGGCCUCUAAACGUAGGUACUUGUACAUUUAAGAAAUUAUUUCCGUUAUAAAAACUUGUUUUUUUUUUUUUUUAAUUUUGAAUUUAGCAGAGAAAUUGAAAAGAGUGCAUAGAAUCGUCGAUAUUCUGAGGAGAUAGGUCUACCUAAAUUGUAUGCAUGAUGUUCUGAAUUUUGAUUAUGUUCUUUUUAUUUGUACCUAUACCUAAUUACAUAUCAUCUAAUUUAAAAUAAUAAUAGUAAUGUUGUGUGUU